AAUUAUCUUGGAAUCGCAAUGUUAUAAAAUGUAGUUUGUGAAGUAUUUUGAAUGUAAACAAAGUAAAAUGUUUUGAAUUCUCCAUAGGCCUAGGAGUAAAAUAAGCGUUCACAUCAGUUAGAGGAGGCUGGUUCUUACUCAGUUGUUACUCGCCGAAGGAAUUAUUCAGACUGACAUCAGUGACAGACAGAGCCCAUUGACUAAUUAAACUCGAUCUAAUGAUUUCAUGAUAACACAUAAAUUAUUUAGAAUGCAGAACUUUUGCUUCCGCCAAUGUUUAGGCCUAUAACAUCAGUUAGUCAAAGCCCUGCCAUUUGGCAGUUCAGAUCAGGCAUGAAGAUAUAGAUUAGAUUAAGCAUUUUACAUAUUUCAUCCUGAGUACAAAUUAAACAGCAUAAACACAAUAGAUCUAUAUUUUAUUUACAAAUAUAAAACAGAUUCUGGAGAAUGCAGAAAUUGAUGGAAUCGGUGGAUUUAGGCAUGGGACCAUUGAUGUAACUAACAACAACAAACAAACUCGCAUAGAAGGCCUCGUCUAUGAAAGUAUUAUGGACGAGUUUGCUUGUUCAGCACUUGAAGGUCAAGGUCACCGGAAAAGUGAAAGGGAGAGAAAAAAGAAAAGGUCAUUUUCACCUGACCUUGACCUUGACCAGCUAUCAACAAAGGUCAGAUCAGGGCAGGCAGUGAAGAAGAAGAAGAAAAAGACAAUCUCAGGAUCGUCCUUUGCACCUGAUCGACCGUAUGACAAAUUGCCAAAUGGGAUGCCGUUUUCCUGUGACCUGUGCAAGACCUCCUACGUCUGUAACCCGCUGAUGUCAAAGCGAGGCUCUCGAGUGAAGCGUAGCAAACACAUGCCGAGUCCGAGAAUCCACAUCGACCCGACCACAGGGAAGACUCUCCUGCUUUGUAACGCUUGUGGGUUAGCUCUGGAUCGUCCUAAGAAACCAAAAAAGUUGAAACCUCUGCCCUCUCAGGAGGAGAAAGACAAGUAUCUGCUGGAGGCCAAACUGUUCGCAUCAACCCUCGCAGGAGAACUAAAUGUACCAGAAGCGGAGGUUCUCUACUGCCCUAGUUUCAAGAUGGCAGCCUGCAAGUGUCUUCAGGCCUACAUUGAAGCUGAUGGUAACAAAGAUGACAUGAGGAAGCGAGGACUUGAGUUGACAGAGUUACACAAGGAAGCCAAACGACUCAGUGCCUUGAAGUUCUAUGAUACCGAGAAGUUGUCCGAGUCUGGCAGGAAAGGCAAGAGAGCCAAGAAUAUUGGGCUAGGCAAUGGUCAGAAGAAGUCUGCAGCGUAUGAGAUGUUUGUGUUGGAGAAGAGGGAGGUGCUGCGCAGGACGAUGUCGCUGUGUGAGAGGGCCACGCAGAAGGUGCUGCGCUAUUCCAACAACUUCCUGCACAAGAAGCUCAAGACAGAGGAGAGAGGAUGUCGAGCUCAGAGGGUGAAGGGAAAGGCCGCAUUAGGACAGCUGCGAUCUCUGAUGGACCUGCAUACAGAAAAGUGUUGCAUUGACAACUGUGUCCGAAUGGCCUUGACCCACCAUCGCCUGCUGCUGCAGUGGAGGGAGCGAGCGACAUCAGGACAACAGGAAGCCAGGAGGGUCUUGGCGGAAAUGUUAACGCCCUCUGGAGGAGUGAGGUCCAACUGCUACAAGUUCAUCACUUGGGUGACUGGGUGCAGUGCCAGUACCAUAGGGAAGGUCAACGACCAGAUGAAGCAGACAGGCGGCGAGAGGGAGCCUCCCCAACAUGGACUCAGAAAGUAUUGGAUGGAAAACCCACGGCGAAUCUCCAGCGACUCUCUCAGUCAAACUCACAAUGACAGUAUUGGUACGUCUAGUAUGCUUGGAUCUCCAUCAUGUCCGUCCGAGACGAGUCCUACCAUCUCGGGAGGCAGCACUGUCACCUCUCCUGCCACUGUACAGCCACAGACACAACAAGGGAAUAAUGAAGCUCAGCAGCAGUUCAUGCAGCAACAGACCCAGCUGCUGAAGAUGCUGGAGCAGAAGCUGAUCGAGACGCAAAUGAUGCAACAGACCCUCAUGCAGCAGAUUGCCAGACCAGAGAGUCUGGCCCCGGUACAGGGGAUGCUGUCCCAGCUGGGGCAGUUCCAAGUAGCUGCUGCCAACAGCCCUCAGUUCCAGGCUAAUGUAGCCCAGAGCACCCUGAACCAGCUUCCCCAGACGCACACCCCGAAUUCCCAGAACACCCAGCUGGAAACUGUCGCUCUGACUCAAGGUCAGACGACACCAACCUCCACUACAUCAAACACACAAAAGAGCUCAGUACUCUCCCAGGUCCAGCAGUUGACUGCUGGUCGCUCAGGGCAACAGGUGACCGUUCAGAGCCAGCAGCAGUUCAGCAAUGGUCAUCCUCAGUUUCAGGUUCCAGUUCUUGGUAACCCUCAGCCAAAUGUUUUGCAUCUGCAAGCACCAAAUAUUCAGAUUAAACUCGCUCAACCUCAGUAUGUGGUGCAGUCAAGUCCCAUCAAAUCUAAUGCUGUGACGUCCACGACCCAAGCUGAAGUUCAAAACACAUCCUCACAGCUCGUGUCUGAUCAGAAGCCCAGGUCAGCACAUACUCCGCUGACAAAGACGAAUCAAUCCACUGAAAUGACUGGUCAAACCAUUCAAAUUUCAGAACAGAAUGUGUUGAGACAUUUUACCAAAGAUGAAAUAACACACAUCCAGAAUGUUCCAAGUUCUGAACAGUCAAAUAUGGUUAAGAUUGGCAACCAGAUCCAUCAAGUAAUUAAUCUUCACCCACAACAGCUAUCUCAAGUUGUUGCUCAGCCGAUUCAGUUACAGAACAUUCGUCCCAACCUGCAGGGUCUGAGAAUUCCAGUAAUUCAGCCAGCUCAAAGACCACAACAGCCACAGAACCAGCAGGUGCCAUUUUAUCCCCAAGACUCAAGCAGGCCCCAGCUGCCCCAGUUUGUAACUGUAGCCCCCUUGAACCCUGAACAGAUGCAACAGAGAGGCAUUCAGAAUAUCUGUGUUCCUGCUCGGCUCCCCGUUGGAAGUCCUAUAAGUCUUCAGCAGCUUCAGCAGCUUCAGCAGAUGUUUGUCCAGUCUCAGCGACAUACCGAGCCUUCCAUCCAACAGAAACAGGUGAACAAAUUAGCACCCCAUCCAGAGACCAAGGAAAACAGUGCGGUUUCAUCUCAACAGAGUCAGUCAUUGGGGAAGGACGCGUCUACAGCUUCUUCACAAGGAUCAAGAUCCGCUGAAACUCAGAUUGAAUUGCCUCAUUGUAAGGAGCCAUGUAAUGCUGCACAUUCAUUGCAAAGACACAAACAUAAGAAUUCUGGUCCAACUGGUGUAUCUAAUACUGCUCCCCAGUCUGAAAAUGUCACUCAGUGUAGCACAGUUAACUCAUCAGUUGAAACCUCCAGUGGGCCAGUUUCCUUUCAUGGUUUAAAUGAAGUUCGUCAACACAGUCAAGAACAGAAGCCAUCUUCUGUUUUACUUGCCCAGCAUGCUGCAGCAGAAGAUUCCACCAAGAUCAACUUCAAUGAACUUGAGAGCCAUGGGUUAGGUGAUUUUGCUCAACUCCAAAGUGUAGGUCAAGGUCAAGGUCAUGACUCAAAUCAAGGUCAAACGGGUCCAAAUUCACAAGGAGUCAAUUGUGCUUUAGUCGUUCAAUCAGUCCCCAACACAAACAGUGAGACAUUAAGAAGUGGUCAUCAGACACCUUCAAGCGAACUCGAUGAAAUGUUAAGGUCAUUUGUUAUAAACAGACAUGGUGACUUUGACCUUGUGUCACCUUUAACCUUGCCAGAUAACAUCACACGGAGCAGAAAUAACAGUGGAGAGUCAACAAUUGAACCAACAAUAUCGGUGGAUAUGUCUUCGUUCCCGAGAGAGCUUUUGAGCAUCAUUGCACCACAAGCUCUGACCAUCACCAUAUCUAACGGACAGUCUCACAAUGCCAACCAGUAGAAUGUACAGGCAGAUUUGUGUCAAAACAUGCUGGUUUCAAUGUAUAUUAAAUAAAUGAAGAUCAGUAAAA